AGACGUGCUCUUAUACACGCCCAUUGAGCGUCUAAUUUCUUAAGAGGCCAAACGCGCUAUUAACAACGUAUUUAUAGAUACCUCCUCUCAGAGCAGAACGAGAUUACCCUGCAGAGACCGAUAGUCUAUCUUAUUAUAUUGUUGAUUGGACUCAUUGUUAUCAACCUUGACCAGCCGAAUGACUGAGCGUCCUAAGAAUAAGAAUGAGCUAGUUCACAAAACUUAUCCCCCUUGGGCUCAUUUAAUUGCAGGAGGAGCUGGUGGCAUGCUAGGGGCCGUCAUUACAUCGCCGUUAGAAGUGGUCAAGACACGUCUACAAGCUCGCUAUCACAAGUCGUCUUUGCAGUCGGGCUUUAAGUUUGGAUUUGGGACCAUUCGCGCGCUCUCUGUUCUGAGGCGAGAAGAGGGUAUCAAGGGGCUCUAUCGUGGACUGGGGCCACACCUUUUCGGCGUCGUCCCGUCUCGUGCAAUUUAUUUUUUCACCUAUGGAACAUCAAAGCAGCUGUACAUCGAAAACCUCGGCAUGAAUCCAGAGGGCUCCGCUGCGUCCUUUUCAGCCGGUGUAACAGCAGGAGCCGUCGUAGUCACCACCACACAGCCAAUUUGGCUUGUCAAGACGCGCAUGCAAUUGCAGACCAAGACGUUGGAAGUCAAAUACAAAAAUUCGUUGGACGCUAUCCUGAAGAUCUACAAACAAGAAGGACUGCGUGUAUUCUAUAAGGGAAUGACCGCAUCUUACGUAGGCAUUUCUGAGAGUUCACUUCAAUUCGUUCUGUACGAAAAGUUCAGAAAUAUAGUUAAAAGAAGACACGGUGGAAGAGAUGAUCUGCACCCACUUGAAUGCCUAGCGGCAGCGAGCCUGUCCAAGCUCAUCGCCUCCGCGUUGACAUACCCCCACGAGGUCAUUAGAACUCGAUUGCGUGAGCCUGGAAAAAAUAUAUACAAGGGCGUAUUCAAUGGACUAAUGCUCAUCUACCGAACCGAAGGCGUUCCUGGACUAUAUGGCGGAAUGAGCGCACAUCUAUUUCGUGUUGUACCUAACGCCGCAAUCAUGUUUCUCACUUACGAACUGGUACUCCGUGCCUUAUCGCACCAAAUUUAA